CUGAACCCGGAAGUGGGUCGGCGCUGGAGCGAGCGCGCCCAGAGUGGAGCACAGCGGCCGGGAGCCAGCGGGGGAGCCCUGGGUUCCCGCCAUGAAACCCUGGGGCACGCCCCUCCAGAAGCUGUUAACCAAGACAAUCUAGUGUUUUGUUGUUGUUUUUUCCUUGAUACACCCCUUAAGGCACUUAUGAAGUUUCCUGUUCUGAAACUGCUGUACUGCAAUGAAGAAAAGGAGAAAGGUUGCUUCCAGUCUUGACGAGAAGAUCCAUCUGGGCUAUCACAAGGAGUCUUCGGAGGGACAUGUGGCAGGGGCGUGCGACCCGCUAACCUACACCCAUUGCACCCAGAGACCGGCUGCUGCCGAAGCUCUGCACCGUUAUCAGGACCUUCCCCCGUCCCCAGAUCAGAGGAAGCUUUUGAGCUCUUUGCAGUAUAAUAAGAAUUUGCUCAAGUAUUUAAAUGAUGAUAGGCAGAAGCAGCCGUCUUUCUGUGACUUACUUAUCAUAGUCGAAGGUAAGGAAUUCAGCGCUCAUAAGGUGGUUGUCGCCGUUGGGAGCAGCUAUUUUCAUGCGUGUUUGAGCAAAAACCCAAGCACGGAUGUGGUCACUCUGGACCACGUGACACAUUCGGUUUUUCAGCACUUGCUUGAAUUUCUUUACACAUCCGAAUUCUUUGUGUACAAGUAUGAGAUACCUCUUGUUUUAGAGGCAGCAAAAUUCCUGGACAUUAUCGAUGCCGUGAAGUUGCUCAACAACGAGAGUGUUGCCCCGUUCCAGUCUGAGCUAGCGGAAAAGUCAUCGCCUGGAGAAACCCUAAGCGACCUGACCGAAAGACUAUCGACUGAUCAUCAGUGUAAAUUCUGCAGCAGACAUUUUUGUUAUAAGAAGUCCUUAGAGAAUCAUUUGGCUAAAACCCACAGGUCCCUUUUGUUAGGGAAACAACAUGGGUUAAAGAUGCUGGAGAGGAGUUUUUCUGCCAGGAGAUCGAAGAGGAACCGCAAGUGCCCCGUGAAGUUCGAUGACAGCAGUGACGAGGAGGAGCAAGAAAGUGCCGAUGGGUCCGAUACUUUGAAUCCAGAAAAUUUCGACCAGGAGAAGUCUGACAGAAAUGAUUCUGAGGAUGCUGGCAGUGACUAUAACGCCGAGGAGGAUGAGCUAGAGGAGGAAAUGUCGGAGGAGGACUCGGACUCGGAGGAGCAAAGCGAGAAGGAGCAGAACGACGCGGACGAGGAACCGGAGGUCAGAGACGCUGGGGCCAGCGCUCGCGAGGGCCUAAGGCCCGUGGUCCUGCAGCGCAGCAGCAAAAAAAUCCUGCAGUGUCCGAAGUGCGAUAAAACCUUUGACCGGAUAGGGAAAUAUGAGAGCCACACACGUGUUCACACAGGUGAGAAGCCCUUUGAGUGUGAUAUUUGUCGCCAGCGCUAUUCGACAAAGUCUAACCUAACUGUUCACAGAAAGAAGCACACUAAUGAAACAGACUUUCAUAAGAAGGAGCACAAGUGCCCUUAUUGUAAUAAACUUCAUGCAAGCAAGAAGACGUUAGCCAAGCAUGUUAAGAGGUUCCAUCCUGAAAAUGCACAAGAAUUUAUUUCCAUUAAGAAGACUAAGAGUGAAAGUUGGAAAUGCGAUAUUUGCAAGAAGUCUUUCACUCGAAGACCUCACUUGGAGGAACACAUGAUUCUGCAUUCUCAAGACAAGCCUUUCAAGUGCACCUAUUGUGAAGAGCACUUUAAGUCACGGUUUGCACGGCUCAAGCACCAAGAGAAGUUCCAUCUGGGUCCUUUCCCGUGCGACAUAUGCGGGCGCCAGUUCAACGACACUGGGAACCUGAAACGCCACAUCGAGUGUACCCACGGAGGGAAGAGGAAGUGGACUUGCUUCGUCUGUGGGAAGUCGGUGCGGGAGAGAACCACUCUGAAGGAGCAUCUGAGGAUCCACAGCGGAGAAAAGCCUCAUCUCUGCAGCAUUUGUGGGCAAAGUUUUCGUCACGGAAGUUCGUACAGGCUCCACCUCCGGGUCCAUCAUGACGACAAGAGAUACGAAUGUGACGAGUGUGGGAAAACCUUCAUUCGUCACGACCACCUCACGAAGCACAAGAAAAUCCACUCAGGUGAAAAGGCGCACCAGUGCGAAGAAUGUGGGAAGUGCUUUGGCCGCAGGGACCACCUCACCGUGCACUACAAGAGCGUGCACCUGGGAGAGAAGGUGUGGCAGAAAUAUAAAGCAACCUUUCAUCAGUGUGAUGUGUGUAAGAAGAUUUUCAAAGGCAAGUCCAGUCUGGAAAUGCAUUUUCGGACACAUUCAGGCGAAAAGCCGUACAAGUGUCAGAUUUGCAGUCAGUCUUUCAGAAUUAAGAAAACCUUGACGAAGCACUUGGUCAUUCACUCGGAUGCCCGGCCCUUCACCUGCCAGCACUGCACGGCCACCUUCAAGCGGAAGGACAAGCUGAAGUACCACACGGACCACGUGCACGGCAUCAAGGCUGCCGACGAGCCCCUGGGCGCCGAGGACAAGCUCGGGUCCCCGCCGGCCGAGUGCCCGGUGGACAGCAAGCUCUUUCCAGGGGAGGCGAAGCCCUACCCGGAUGGGCCCAAAGGGUACCCAGCGGAGGCCAAGGCGAUGCUGCCGCACGUGCCUGCCGAGGUGUGCGUGCCAGUGACGCUGGUGCCCGUGCAGAUGCCCGAGCCUCCCGCGGACCUGGGGCGACACGCCGCCACCCUGCCCGCGCCCACACACGACCUCAUGUCACCACAGCCACAGCCUGCGGACUUUCCGCGGGCAGCCGACCUAGCUUUCCUGGAAAAGUACACACUGACGCCCCAGCCCGCCACCCUGGUUCACCCCGUGCGCCCCGAGCAGAUGCUGGACCCCAGGGAGCAGUCCUACCUGGGGACGCUGCUGGGCCUGGACAGUGCCCCCGCCGACCCGAGCCUCCCCAGCGAGGAGCACCGCCCCUGAGGCCGCUGGCGGCGGGGCCGCUGCAGGCGGCGGGGGCGGCUCGGGCACGCAGACCGCACUUUCAUUCUCUGGCUCCCCAACUACUCAGAAGGAGAAGAAGAUGCGCCUUUGUGUACUGAACGUAGUGGGGAUGUGGGGACACGUGUCGAGGUAUAUUCAAAGUGAACUUUUUUGUGAUUUUAAAAGAUUAUUUAGUGCCAAUUUUAAAUAGUAUCUCAAACUUUUAAAAAUUAUUAGCUGCUGACAUUAUUUCUUUUUAAAUCAUCAAUGGAAAUUUUACUUUUCUGUAGUCUUACUCCUCUCCUCCCUCCCCAUCUUUCAAAAACGGGUUAGGACCAUGGAGGCGUCAAGAAAAUUCAUGAGAGUUUACUGAUAACUGAAGCUGUUUCCUUAUCCUAACAUAACAUAAUUACGUCCUCCAGAUUUUAAAUAAUUUGAUAUUUUGAAUUUGACUUUAUAAGAAAGUCUUGGAUAUAUCUGUGUUGUUUCUUUAUCUGGCUAUAAUUUUAGGUUAUCAUUAUCCUUUGGUCUUUUGAUAAAUGGGAAGCCAGAAAGCUAACUGAUGUAAGAGCAGCUUGUUCAGUGAAAUGUAGAAUUGAAAUAGUUAUCCAAAUUACUGGUUAUGAAUAAGAAAUUGUUUAUACUGAUUAUGAUUACUGUAAGUAAAUCAUUCAUACUAAUUAUGAAUAAGAAAUGCAGAUCUAAGUCUAGGCAUUAAAUUGCACAAAUUGGUAAUGUGUUAAAAACAAAAUACGACGGUUAUCGUUCAAGCCAAGUUCACCUUUUGGUUUUGCCAUGGAUUACACCUUGACGCGGUGAGGGAGGGGAAGUGGUAACUAAUUAAUGAGAUUUCAUAGAGCCUCCUGUUCUCACUGACCUUGGCUACCUGAAACUAGGAAGCAGAACCAAGAUAUUCCACCCCAACCGUUAGAAGAGGGGCAGACCGGCUGUAACCGUUGUGUCUAACUCCCUGGGUUUACCUUAACGAAAGGGAACCACUGCGUGUGUGCAGAUUCACAUGUAAUCCAGACUUAUUUUGGUUUUCACACAAGCCUGCUCUCUCAUUAUCCUUGAUUUGGUUUGUUGUACGAGACCAAAGCUGAGCACUUGGUGAAAGGAAAUGGCAGUUACAGCAAAAGCUAACUGAUUAAAAUUAAGUGAGGGAAUAGUCAGAUGCUAGGUCAUUGUAAAAGGCCUUUAAAGACGUGCACUUUCCAUAUCUUCACGUCAAUUUGAACUUCGACUAGGACAGUGUUUCCCGGGAGAGCUGCCCGGAGGAUCAGCUUGGGCAGGGUUGAUUUUUCUUAGCGUGUCAUUUGUAUGUAAAUUACUGGAAACUAGCAGUUUUAAAAGUUUUCUUUCUCUGUUUUGUUUACACUCCUCUUAAGCACUUUUGUGUGUGUGUGUAAACUGUAAAGUCUCACCUAGGCCUUGUGAAAAAAAUCACAAAUAAAAUAAUGAAGUUUUAAUGAAUAAAGUUUAACCACUCGAUAGGGAACCGUGUUGGCCGAAGCACUUAGGAAAUGCAGGUACUUUACGGAGCAUCACACGCUGGUGGGAAUAGAGGACAGCGUGUUGAGAAUGGAGGCACUUCGCCCAGGUAGCUCUUGUCCAUCGUGAAACGAACCUGGGUUUGCCUCAUUUACUAAGACUUGGUUAUAAUUACCCUAGGACCAGUAGAUGUAAUUGGUGUAUUAAUAUUUUUGAAAUGUCCUUUCUUUUGUGUGGGAAUGUUAUAUUUGGGGUCCUUAUAUGAUUGAACUUGAUUACAAGGUACUGUUGGUCUGCUAGUCUUUCAAAUUGACUUUUAAACUGCAUCUCUUUAUGACUUUUAUCAUCAAGAACAACAAGACUUUUAGCUGAGAAGCUUGCUGUUACCUGACAGUGUAGCCUGCCUGACAUACAAGCCCGGGUGGAAGAUUCUGGACUUGCAGAAAGGCAGAUGGGACACAUGUACGUGUACAUGGUGUACUUUAUGUUGGGUGGGAGAAGAAGAGGUGUUGUGUUUUCACGUGGAAAAGGGUACUUUGUUUUUUGAAGGUACUCGCUUUAGGGUUCUUUUAAUAACAAUCUCCUAAUGCUUUAAGUGUAUGAUUUGACCGUAGGGAUCGGUUUACAGCAGAUGACUUUUCUAGAAUGCAUCUCUUCUAGGAAGUGAAAUGCCAGUGUAUGUCGUUACUGUGGAUGCCGGGCGAUGUCACCCGGAAAAGUGGUCCCUCGGGCGCGUUCACCGUAUCUCACCUGACCCUCGUCACAGGCUCUGGAGCCCCGUGGACGCACCCUGUCCCCACUUUAGAGAGAAAGAAUCCGAGCUGAAGGACUCAGUAACACUCAUGUUAGUACGUGGCAGUUGCUAGUUUCCAGGGAGGGAGACGAGGCGGUCCUGAGUGUGUCCGGGGCCAGGCCCUGCGUCUUCUCCUGUCCGGUCGGCAGCUGGGGGUGAGUGUGGUCCUCACGAAGAGCGAGUCUCGGUGGGAGAGCAAACAGACCUCUGCUGCCUCGAAUUUCCAAAUUAGGUUUUAAGAAACUUUAAAAUUGUAAAAACCUCAUGGAUUUGGGCAAACUGAAUGUAUAUAAGUUUUUGAAGUUGGCACAAAAAUAGGAAAUGAGGCCUGCUCUUUUCAGUUAACCUUUUUUGUAGAGUUUGGGAGUUUUUUGGACAAAUGUUCCAUUACCUCUCAAAUUCAUUAAUUCUGUAUCUGUACUUAAAUUUUGAAUCUUGCAACUAAGUGUAGCCUCAUUCAGAAUAUUUUAUGAGCAUAAUUUAUUGUUUUAAAUUAAUUUUUUAGCUGAUAGCAGUUAGCACUUAAUAUGUAAGGUGAAUAAUUUAUUAAGUGUAGAAAUUUGUUAACCUAAUCGGUUUUUACUUAAAUACACCAAAGAUUAUAGUAGGUAUUAAAAUAGCUUAAAAGAAUUUAAAUUCUUUGUUGUUUGAAUAAAUAUUUGUCCAAAGAAGCACAGUUGAAGUCCUAGGCUUACGAAUUAAAAAAAAAAAAAUUGUUAGUCUGAAUACUAAGAAUUAAAUGUUUGUGUUGAAAACACUCUGGGAAUAGUCAAACUGACAAAUUACAAGUAAGAAUACUCAGUUUUCCUUAGUUUAAUUAAUUCAAUGUUAUCUUUUAUUAAGCGGACACUAUUAAAUGCAAAAUAAUAAGCUCAUUUUUUACACUACACUAUUAAAAAUCAUUUGCCUUAGAAUUUUUUUUACAACAAGUCGAAGUUAUUUUUGUAAGAACCCCGCCUAUAUUUUGCAGCCUAAACUACCAUUAAAAGCUAGGGUUCGUUCUUCAUGCCAGCAAGGUUUAACCAGCUCUGAAGGUGGCGAUCUUUGCAUGCUUUUCAAUAGUUCAGUUUACGCGGCUAGGAGAGGAGGGGUAGCAAACAUAGGGGUUCAAACUGGUGCUCUAUUCAGUGACUUCCUGUUGAGUGAUGUCAGUUCAUGAACUAGGUACACUACUAAUUUCCUGUCAACUUUUAAAGUGUCAAAAUGUCAUAGUGGAGUGACUAUACACUGUUAGUUAAGGGCUAAUAAGUAAUUAAAUGUCAUGCAUUGUUUUUCAUUCUGUAAUUGCAGACACAUUAAAGACACAGCUGAACUAGUA